AAGGGUGUGGCAGUGAUGAUCCUCUGCUCAGAGUUUGAGCUCUGGAGGCCUUUGAUGGGAAAUUUUCUGCCGCCUAUUGAACCCCAGAAUAAGGAGAUUUAAUGAAAACAGACAUUAGCUUAAAUUUUCCCCUCAGUUGUCUAAUCAUUAAACUGAAAAAAAUCUAGAUAAUUAGAAAAUAUGAUAGGAUCCAGACAGAGAUGUUGUUUUUUCCUUUUCUAAUUCAAAAAACCAUGUGAUGGAACAUCUGUUUGACCCAUUCAAUGGAAGGAUGAAAGCUUUACACAGGAACAUGCCGUGAAUGAAAGAGACCUGUCAUUAUGCGAAUAGUACGGCACUCUGAACAGACACUCAAAACAGCUCUCAUCUCAAAGAACCCAAAGCUUGUAGCACAGUAUGAGAAAUUAGAUGCUGGGGAGCAGCGUUUAAUGAGCGAAGCCUUCCAGCCAGCCAGUGAUCUCUUUGUACCCAUUACCUUACAUUCCCAGUCCGAUUGGAUCACCUCUCACCCGGAGGCUCCCCAGGACUUUGAGGAGUUUUUCAGUGAUCCCUACCGAAAGACACCCUCUCCAGAGAAACGCAGUAUUUGUAUACAGUCCAUUGGAGCUCUAGGAAACACUAGAGUUAUCAGUGAAGAAUACAUUAAACGGCUCAAGGGCUACUGUGAAGCAUUUUUCUAUGGCCUGACAGUAAAACUGCUAGAACCAGUUUCUGUUUCUGCCACCAGGUGUUCCUUUAGAGUCAAUGAUCAUACACAAAAUCUACAAAUUCAUGCAGGGCAUAUCCUGAAUUUCUUAAAAAAGAAGAAACCUGAAGAUGCCUUCUGUGUUGUGGGGAUAACAAUGAUUGAUCUUUACCCAAGAGACUCAUGGAAUUUUGUCUUCGGACAGGCCUCUCUGACAGAUGGUGUGGGGAUAUUCAGCUUCGCCAGGUACGACAGGCACUUCUAUACCUCACACUAUGAAGGCAAAGUGAAGAAGCUCCACAAAAAAUCUUCCAGUGACUAUUCCAUUUUUGAUAACUAUUAUAUUCCUGAAAUCACUAGUGUUUUACUUCUGCGAUCCUGUAAGACUUUAACCCAUGAGAUUGGACAUAUAUUUGGACUGCAACACUGCCAGUGGCUUGCAUGCCUAAUGCAAGGCUCCAACCACUUGGAAGAAGCUGACAGGCGCCCUCUAAACCUUUGCCCUAUCUGUUUACGCAAGUUGCAGUGUGCUAUUGGCUUCAGUAUUGUAGAAAGAUACAAGGCACUGGUGAGGUGGAUUGAUGACGAAUCCGCUGACAUACCAAGAGCAACUCCAAAGCAUAGUUGUGAGAACAAUGUGAAUUUGCCAAAACCCAUCGAAGCCUUUAAGGAAUGGAAAGAAUGGAUAAUAAAAUGCCUUGCUGUUCUCCAAAAAUAAGAGUCUUCAGAUAGGAGUAAUAAAAUAAAUACUUGCACGUUAUGCUCUCAA